AUGGCAGAUUUCAGGGCACUGCUAAUUCUAUCCUUAACUCUGCAUGCAAGUUUCGGAGCUCUCGGAAAGAGAACCCGAGGUAAUGUUGGUGUCUGCUAUGGACUUAACGGGGAUAACCUACCAUCUCCAAUGGAUGUCGUGAAUCUUUAUAAACGAUACAAUGUCCGGAAGAUGAGGAUAUUUGAGCCAUAUCCUGAGGUACUCGAGGCUCUAAGAAGGAGUGAUAUAGAACUCACGUUGGGUGUUAGAAAUAACGAUAUACCAACUCUUGCACUAAGUGAAGGUGCAGCAAAUACAUGGUUUAUGACCAAUGUUAAGCCUUAUGUUAACGACAUCAAUAUAGCAUACAUCACUGUUGGCAAUGAAGUCAUUCCUGGAGAAUUCAGUGAAUCUAUUUUGCCUGCCAUGCAGAAUCUGCAAAAUGUUCUCAGGAGCAAUAAUCUUGGUAUAAGGGCAACCACUGUGGUGCACUCAGCAGUGUUGGGCACUUCAUUUCCUCCCUCACAGGGCACAUUUUCAGAUAGUGCACGCCCCUUUAUCAGCGGAAUUAUACAAUUUUUAUCAUCACAAAAGUCCCCUCUGUUAGUAAAUCUCUACCCUUAUUUUCCCUAUGCUGCAGACCCAGAAAAUAUACAAUUAGAUUAUGCACAAUUCAGUUCACAUGAACCACUGAUCAAAGACGGAGAUUUGCAUUACUCCAACCUCCUUGAUGCCAUGCUCGAUGGUUUCUUCUGGGCGAUGGAGAAAGAGGGUGUGAAGGAUGUUAACAUAGUGAUAUCUGAGACUGGUUGGCCACAUGAAGGAAAUGGCAAUUUCACAACUCCAGGUCUUGCAGCUACUUACAACCGAAAUUUCAUACAUCAUGCUAAUAGCUUUGGAGGGACUCCAAAGAGACCAGAUGCAUUUCUAGAAGGAUUCAUUUUUGCUAUGUUUGAUGAAGAUUUGAAGGAUUUUGGUGUAGAGCAACAUUGGGGACUUUUCAGCCCCAAUAUGCAACUAAAUUAUGACAUAUUUAGUUGA